AUGUGGAAAACAGCAGAAAAUAACCAAUUUUUUCAAAAACUAAUGUAUUUAAAAAAGCAGUUCGAAGCCAACCCCGAAUCCACCUACAACGUAGAAAUCGGCCAUCAGGUCGACCUAAAAUGUGUCGCUCCCGCUGGCAUGCCGCCUCCCAGAGUUUACUGGCUCAGAGGCGGCCAAAUAUUGCAAUCGGACACUGACGUACUAGUGACCAGCGAGGGGCAUUUAUUAAUAGGGCAAGCUAGGCCUCAAGACACUGGCAACUAUACCUGCGUAGCAGAGAAUAUUGCUGCCAAGAGGAUGGCCCCUACGUCCCAGAUUGUUGUAUACGAAAUAAAAGAUACAAACCCGAAAUGCAAAACGACUUCUGGAAAAAGUUCUGGAAAAAACAGAAGAAAAAAUGGACUGAAAACUGCAGCUUGA